AUGGCUCAACAUUCAAAACCACAAUCAAAACAGUGCCCACAAGGGAAGCAACUAACAGCUCGGAAUUUGGACAAACCGGUGCCAGCACCCUCUAAUGCUGCGCAUCCCCUAAAGAAAGCCAUUGAUGCCAAAGGAAUUCCGGCCACUUCUACUUUGCAAGUCACGCCGCACCCUUCGAGAAACCAUGAGGGAUCGACCUCCGGGUUGAACGCAACGGAGAAUAUUAGCAUUCCAGUGGACGUCCUUGAAAGCCCACCAAUUCCCAAUUGCACAGAAGUAGAAGAGAUUCGAAAAAAGCUUCGCUGCGUGACUGUUGAGCAGACCAUGUCAGUUGAGUCUCCGCAAGUUGAGACAGAUGCAUUACAGACCAAAAUCAUCGCGGCUGAUGCUGAAGAAGUCGCACCACCAUUGGACACUAUCGCUGCUGACGAAAUUGUGCCACCACUGGACACAAUCGUUGUUGUUCCAAUAAUUGAUGGCAAGAAGAAUCUAUCUCGAUCAACAAUGGAGGAUGGCCGGCGGAAUAUUCCGGUGACAAGCGACAGGCAGAUUCCAAAUUCUGUUGCGGAAAAAGACGCCAUCUAA